AUGAAGGACGAUGUUAUGGGCGGAGCGGAGGAUUCCGAUGUGUCUGUUGAUGAUGAGAGUCUUUCGAAUGUUACUAAGCAGAAGGUAGCGGCUGCGAAACAGUAUAUUGAGAACCAUUACAAGGAACAGGAGUCUUCAAGAGAGGAAGGAGCGAUUUUGAAUUUCGCUGUACAUUAUGUUGGUUGCGAUGGCAAAUAUGUUGCAGAGUUUUCUAAUUCGUCGCUUAUAACAGGCGGACCAGGCAUAAAAUGGGUGUUGAGGAUUUUUGUAUCAGCUGUUAAUGUACAAACUGGUGAGGAGGUAGCUGUCAAGCUGGAGCCUGUGAAGACCAAGCAUCCGCAGCUUCACUAUGAAUCAAAAUUGUAUAUGCUUCUUCAAGGAGGAACUGGGGUGCCUCACCUGAAGUGGUUUGGAGUUGAGGGAGACUACAAUGUGAUGGCGAUCGACCUUCUUGGACCUAGUCUGGAAGAUCUGUUCAAUUAUUGUAACCGGAAGUUAACAUUGAAGACAGUGUUAAUGCUUGCUGAUCAAUUAAUUAACAGGGUUGAAUAUUUGCAUUCAAGAGGUUUCCUUCACCGUGACAUAAAGCCAGACAAUUUUUUAAUGGGCCUAGGACGUAAAGCAAAUCAGGUCUACAUCAUUGACUAUGGCCUCGCCAAAAAAUUCAGAGAUCUUCAGACUCAUAAGCACAUACCAUACAGAGAAAACAAGAACCUUACAGGCACAAAAAUUUUCGAGUUUGAAGAAAACAAGGUUGGAUUCGGAGAGAGCGGCCAAAAUAAGUUAGGUUCAUGUUUGGAAGUUUUGGUUUUGAGGUGGUUGGUCGCCGGAGGAGACGGCGGCGCCGCCGCGGUUGGCCGACCGCCACCGUCUUCUCCGGUCAAGGAUGGCUGUGGGAGUGGCGGUGAUGAAACGCUUAAGUUGCAGAGCAACUUGUUAGGCGAGAGGGAAGAGAGAGAGUGA